AUGCUCCUCGAGAGAUAUCCCAUCGGCUGGAGACGUUCAUCUGGCCACCAAACCUCGGGUAUUGGCCGCAUCAAGUGUGGUCACGGAGAUGACCGGCAAUCUGAAGUUGUUAGAACAGCCCAGCACAUUCGAUUCGUCCGCGAAUCGAAUAAUCGCGAAACCCUGAUUUUCACCGACGGAGCUUGUUUGCGUAACGGACGACCCAAACCGACUGCCGGUUGCGGCUUCGUCUACCUGCCUCAGAUUCCAGGAGUUUCCUUGCCAGUCAAAUACGGCUCCGUACCUUUUCGUCUGGAGAAUCAAUCGCCCGAUGGAUCCCCAGCGGAACAAACAAGCAAUAGGGCAGAACUCCGAGCAGUCAUUGCGGCUCUGCAAUUUCGAGUGUGGCAAGGAGAGGGUUGGAAACGACUUGUGAUCGCAACGGAUUCGGAAUAUGCAGUCAAGGGUGCGACGGAGUGGUUUGGUGCGUGGGUUCGAAAGGGUUGGAAGACUUCGAAGAACGAGCCCGUCAAGAAUCGUGACCUGUGGAAACUUCUUAUGAAGGAAAUAAGGAAACUGGCGCGUACCGGUGUGGAGGUAUCUUUCUGGAAGAUACCGAGGGAGUGGUAUGCGCAGGCAGAUGGUGCUGCCAAAGAGGGAGCUGCUGAAGAAGAGGUUUCGCAGUUUAUGAAGCGCAUCGGCAUAAUGUACCGGGAUGAGGUCUGUACCAUGACGAGAAGCAUAUAA